AUGCCGGCCACAAGGAGCGCGUCUCUGUGGAUUAUUUUGCUCCUGGGCUCCGGCGUGUGCGCCAGGAAGCAGCGCGCCGAGGCGGAGGAUGAGGAGUCCUGGCCGGAGAGCAUGUCCAGGGCGAGGUGUGCGUCGCGAUGCCUCAACCUGCACAGCGUGACCGCGCUCUCUCCAUCGCUCCAGAAUAAUGGAUCCUUGGGCUGGUGUCAAAAUCAUAAGCAGUGUGCGAAGUGCCUGGAGCCCUGCAAAGAUACCUGGGAGAUGAAGAGGAAGAGCAAUUGCAGGGAGCUGUGCGAGCGGGUGUUUCCCAAGAAGCACUGGGAGUGCGUGACCAGCUGUGAGUUCCUGCAGUCGGUGCUGGCGUCAAAGCAGGGCAGCUGUCCACCUCCGGAGAGAGCCAGUGGCUUUGCGGCGGCCUGCGUGGAGAGCUGUGAUCGCGACCGGGAGUGCCCGGCUCAGAAGAAAUGCUGCUCCAACGAUUGCGGCCACACCUGCCAGUCCCCCAAAGACCUCUAUAAAGGUGCUCCCCUGAAGCCAAGGAAAGAGCUGGGCUUCGAGGAACUCUCCGACGGUCAGAUGGUGGUGCGCUGGUCGUCCCGGUUCAACAUCUCAGCGGAGCCGGUGGUCUACAUCCUGCAGCGUAGGUGGAACUUUGGCAUCCAGCCCAGCGAGGACACUGCCACCCCCUGGCAGGGGGCUGCCCAGACCACAGAGCAGGGGGUGAGGCUAUCCGACACCAGGCCUGGACGCUGGUACCAGUUCAGAGUGGCAGCCGUCAACACCCACGGGACCAGAGGUUUCACCACACCCAGCAGGCACAUCCACUCCAGCAGAGACCCCCCCAGUCCUCCUGCCCCUACUGAGCUGAGAGUGGCCAACAUGAGCUUCGGCCCUGGCAGGGCGGUGUCGGCCAGGCUCCAGUGGAGCACGCCUGCCGACCUGGACGUCCCCGUCCACCACUACAAGGUCAGCUGGAGCUGGACUGCAGUGGGACUGUCCUCCGCUUCAUCCCCGACCAAGAGGAGGAAGACGGUCAGAGGGAGCCAAGUGGAGCUGGACAGCAUGCGCUCUAACAGGAGCUACAGGGUGGAGGUCCAGGCUGUGUCCUACUGGGGACAGACUCAACUCAAAGGACCCCGAGCCGUCCUGAACUUCAACACGCAGCGCACCACCACUUCGGCCCCGAGCAAACCCACAGGAGACAUUCUGGAUGUGGGGACGCCGUUCUACCAGGACGGACAGCUCCGGGUUCACGUUUACUGGCAGAGCAGCACUGAUCCUUCAGUUGAGUUCUACAGAAUCCAGUGGGCACCAGAGUAUUGUGGACACAACCAGACCAGACCCAUGGAGAAGACCAGCUCACAGGACAACUUUGUCAGCCUGCAGGGUUUGCUCUUUGCCUGCAAGUAUAAAGUCCUCCUGCAGCCGGUCAGCAAGAAGAGUCGCCCUCUGGCAGAAAGCAUCAGCUUCUUCACUCCUUCCUGCGCCUCCGUUCAGGCCAAGAGUCCGAGUCCCAUCUCCUGCCCCGGAGAAACACCAGCGUCCCCUCAGAAGGUCCUGCUGAAGGCAGCCAACCUGACAGCAUCCUUUGAGGUCCGGGCAGGCAACGUGACAGCCAUCUUCAGCUGGGAUUUGUUAAGGGUCCUGUCCCACCAGCAGCUGACUGGUUACCAGGUGACCUGGACGGAGCUCAUCCCCACUAACCACCACAGCAACAACAAGCUGCCUCACAGCCUCAUCUCCCAGUCCCAGAUCCUACCCCCGGACGGUAACGUUCUGGUGGUGUCAGACCUACACCCUGCCAGUCUGUACAGGCUGGAGGUGCGCGCCAUCACAGGAGAGGGUGAAGGUCCUGCAACCAACCGGACCUUUCAGACUCCUGGGUACGAGAACCCGACGAAGCACAGAUCCAGGCUGAGGAAGCAUCCCCACCAACUGCCAAUCAUAGAGAGGCACUGA